AUGCAACCAUUAAUGGGGCAGUUACCAGCUGCGCGAGUGACCGCAAAUCGGCCGUUUACGCACACUGGAAUUGAUUUCGCAGAUCCUAUUAUGAUUAAGGUUGGAAUACGUAAGAGCACAUUAAUCAAGACUUAUGUUAGUGUGUUUCUUUGUCUAUCUACUAAAGCUGUACAUCUUGAACCCGUCAGCGAUCUGAGUGCCGAUGCCUUCAUGGCUUGUUUACGACGUUUCAUUUCACGACGUGGUUUGCCAUCUCAUAUUUGGUACGAUAAUACCACUAAUUUCGUGGGAACUAGACGUGAAAUAAUCAAAUAUUAUGCAAAACAAAGAUCUGGAAGAACUGUAUAUGAUGAACUGCUUGAUGAAGAGUUGUGUACCGUACUUGCUCAAGUUGAAGCGUGCUUGAACUCAAGACCCUUAACACCGUUAUCUUCAGAUCCGUGCGAUUUUAAUGUUCUAACACCUAGUCAUUUUUUAAUUGGUGGACCUGCUCAGGUGAUACCAGAACCGGAUCUUUUGAAUAUACCAGCAAAUCGACUACGAAAAUGCUCAUUGAUGCAAAAAACAAUGCAAGACUUUUGGUGUAGAUGGAGAAUGGAAUAUUUGUCUUCGUUACAGGUGAAGAAUAAGUGGUUGAAGGAUAAAAAACCUAUUCCUAUUGGAUCAUUAGCAAUUUUAAAGGAAGAUAAUGCACCAUCAUUAAAAUGGCCUAUGGUAAGAAUAGAAGCUGUGCAUCCGAAAAGGGACAAGAUAGUUCGAGUGGUUACGGUAAGACUAGCCAAUGGUAACCAGCUGAAACGACCUGCUGUCAAGAUAUGCCCAUUGCCAGAUUGUUAA